AUGGUAAGAGAAGCACAUGAAUUAUUAGAUGGAAGUAGACCUAUACCGAUUGAUAAGAUAACAUACGAAUUAUCUCAGAAUAUAAUAUUGGCUUUCGACAAUCAUGAGAAUAUAAAUAAUAAAGAUAUUCAAAUUGAAAUUGAAGGAAGGGUAGGGUUAGUAAUAGAUAAGAAUAAGAAUAGAAUAAAAUUACCAAUAAAUACAGAUGCAAUUAUUGAAAAUAAUUAUUCAGAUUUCCAGGCUGGGAUUGAUAGAGAAUCGUUUGAAUAUCUCUUGGAUUAUUUUCACAACAUGACUUUAAAGAAAAGAUUAAGUAUACGUAAUAAUGAUAAUAAUAAUAAUAUGGACAAUAAUAAUAAUAAUAUUCAUAUCCACAACAGUGGUAAUAAUACUAAUGAGAUACAUACUUAUGAUAAAAAUGCUGAUGGGAAUAACCCAACUUGUAAUUAUUCAUAUGAUAAAAAAAAUGCUUGUAUAUACGAUUUUCUAGAACUUAAAACAACAAAAAGUAUAGAUAAAUAUUAUGUUAUAAAAAAUAAUAACAGUAGAAUUAGAACAACCACAUAUUUAAAUGACGAUAAGAAACAAGAAACAGAAAGUAUGAUGAUACAGUCUUUACAAAAAGAUAAUUUAAACAUAUGGAAUGUUUAUACAGGUAAUAAUUAUGAUUAUUUUGAUGACGACGAAGAAGAUGAUGAUGAUGAUUAUAAUAAUAAUAAUAAUAAUAAUAAUUUAGGUACAGCGACAAAAACAAAUAUUGGUACAAAUAGCACCUAUGGUUUGACGACAUCGAAAUCACAACACAUCCAUAAUAAUUUAGUUGAUAAAAAUGAUUCCAUAGAUUAUCGUAUUUCUAUAAAUAUAGAAUAUACCAAACCUAUUAGUAAAUUAUAUUUAUCUAAAAACACACCAGUACAUGAAAGAUUAAAAGAAAGAACCACAUUUAUAAAUACAUAUCUAGGUUUACAAGUAGAUAUGACUAAAAUAAAAACAAAAAAUAAUGAGUUAUAUGAAGUAGAAAUUGAAAUACCAUCAAAAACUAUUUUUAAAGCCAUGUCAAAUUUAAGGAAUAAAAAAGAUUCCAAUUAUUUACAUUUUAUAUGUUCUAAUCUAGUUAAUAAUAUUAGAGGUAUAUGUAGUCAAUUAAAUAUUUUCAAAAAAAGUAAACACAUAUUAAAAUCAACAAUGAUCACAAAAUUAAAUAAUAAUAAUAAUCAAAAUAACCUUUCUUUAUUAUCAAAUCAUCAAAACGAUGAUACCAUUUCGACGAAAGAAAAACAAAAGUUCAAAAAAUACAUACACUCGGUAUUACCGAUUGUAGGAGACUAUAUGUAUAGAGUUGUUACGAAAAAUGAAAAACAUAUAAAAAGAAAAAUUAAAGAUCAACUAAUAACAAAUAAAGAAAAGAUAAACAUUUUUAAAAAUAACGUUGAUAUACGUAGACAUAAUAAAAAAUCCUUGCAAACCAUGAAUGAAGUACAUGUAGAAAAUAAAUGGAAGGCAUUCAAAAAGGGUACAAAAAUAGAAGUACUCUUAUGUAGUGAUGAUGAAGAAUACGAACAAAACGAAGAUGUACAAGAUAUAAAUUAUGAACACUAUGAUCAAUAUAAAAAUGAAGAAGAUACAAGCCUCUAUAUAAAUAAUAUUUAUAUACACAAUCAAAUCAAUAACAACAAUAAUGAUAAUGAUAAUAAGAAUGAAGAGAAUGUUAAAAAUUAUAAGGACUUUUAUGAUGAUACAUAA